UGGAGACUGAUCUGGCAUGUCAUGUCAUGUCACUGAGCUUGGAUAUUUCCGACAGCCCAUGAAGGCAGCAGGACGUGACGUCCCGGUGGGCGUGUCUUGGCCGAGCUGUCAGAGAUGUGAGAUUGUUCGGGCUGUUUAUGGAAAACUCUGGAAGUUUCCAAGCGGUUUAUAAAGAAAUUAGUCGGGGCGCAGCAGUUGACUGAGUGAGCAGAGACAGAAGAAGGACGAGGACGUGCUACUGAGGUUCAUUAAUAGCUGCAACAUUUGAUGAACAGACCACUGGAUGGUCAAAAUGGGUAAAGACUACUACGACAUUUUGGGGAUUCAGAAAGGGGCGUCGGAGGACGAUAUAAAGAAAGCUUAUCGUAAGCAGGCUCUGCGCUUUCAUCCCGACAAGAACAAGUCACCGGGAGCCGAAGACAAAUUCAAAGAAAUCGCCGAGGCUUACGACGUUUUGAGCGACCCAAAGAAAAAGGACAUUUAUGAUCGCUAUGGUGAAGAAGGUCUGAAAGGAGGAGGCAUCCCAGGUGGUGGUGGUGGUGGUGGUGGUGGUCCUGGCACCUUCAGCUACAGCUUCCAGGGCGAUCCUCAUGCCAUGUUUACAGACUUUUUCGGUGGACGUAACCCCUUCGAACAGUUCUUUGGUGCUCGCAAUGGAGGCAUGGAUGAGGACAUGGACACUGACGACCCUUUUGCUCGCUUUGGGAUGGGGGCCGGCGGAAUGGGCGGGUUCCCUCGUUCUUUCAGUUCUGGUAUGGGAGGAAUGGGCCCUCAUACGAGCGUUGUAAAGAAGCAGCAGGACCCCCCUGUGGUCCACGAACUCCAGGUGACCUUGGAGGAAGUUCUGUCAGGUUGCACAAAGAAAAUGAAGAUCUCUCGUAAAAGGCUGAACCCUGAUGGGCGAACGAUAAGGAGAGAAGAAAAAAUCCUGGAGGUGCAGAUAAAGAAGGGCUGGAAGGAGGGUACAAAAAUCACGUUUCCCAAAGAGGGCGAUGAGACUCCGAGAAACAUUCCAGCCGAUGUGGUCUUUGUGUUGAAGGACAAGACACAUCCGGUAUUCAAACGUGAAGGCUCGGACAUCAUUUACACAGCAAAGAUUUCACUCAGAGAUGCCUUGUGUGGCUGCACAGUCAACGCUCCCACACUGGACAACAGAGCGGUGACCGUAUCAUCCACAGAGAUUGUGCAGCCGGGGAUGAAGCGGCGUGUGAGUGGCGAGGGGCUUCCCUAUCCCAAACGGCCUGAUCGUAGAGGAGACUUAUUAGUCGAGUAUGAGGUCAAGUUUCCAGAAAGGCUGAGCCAGAGUGCCCGGGACACUAUCGCUCAGGUCCUCCCGCGAUCUUAAACAAGACCAACAGACAUACAGGACUAAAAAUGUAUCACAUUAAACUGCCAACUAUUUUUUUGUCAAUUAUCACAUGGACAUUCAUGCGGUGGUAUAAAUCACAUCAAACUAUAAAGGACAGAUGUGUAUACACCAUAGUGUAAAAACCACCCUUGGAAAGUGCUUAUAAUGAUUGCAGGAUUGCAGGGUAGAAUGUAAAUAUGACCAAUAUUGUUUGGUGUUUGGUUUACAGAAUAAGAUUAUAUUUUGAUGAAAAUAAGUAUAUUGUACUAUAUAAAAUAUACAGUAUGUACACUAUUCUGUAGGGACUGUUUUGUUGGUAUUAAAG